AUGACGAAAGAACCACAAAAAACGAAAGAAGGUGCUGUUGAAGAGUCAGAGGUUGAAGAGGAGCUUGCUAUAGUUGGGAAAGAGGAAGGAGAGAGGAAGCUUACUUCGCCAUUUGGGGAGGGAUUGGAGAGUGCUGUGAUGAAGGAGGAAGGAGAAGCAAAUAUGGAGGAUAAGUUCAAAUUGUAUAUUGUGGUGGAAGAUUACAUGAUGGAAGACUUUCCUGCUCUCCCAGCAAGGGAUACAUCCAUCACGCCAACUCCAUCGCCAAAUCCAAACCAGAGCACAAUCCAAAGAGACACGACUCCUCCUCAUCAAACUCCGGAUAAAUCUACCCCAUCGAUCCAGUCGAUUCCACCACCCCCGUCAAUCCCAUUCCUCUCAUACUCAAAUACAACGCCAUUUACAUCCCCCUUCGGCUCCUUCCCCGAAGCUGGACCGGUUGCAGAUGCGAUGAGGGGACAAGUUACCUCUGCGGGUGGUGAUGGUGAAAGUGACAGGGGGAAUGGGAAGAGGAAGAGGACUUGGAUGGAGUAUAGAGAUGGUGAUGGUGAUGAUGGGCAGGAGGAGGAGGAAAGGGAAGAGCGAGACAGGGAGAAGAGGGAAGAGCGAGCGAGGAAGAAGAGGGAGGCGGUGCGGGAGAGAGUGCGAAUAAUGUGUGGGGGAAAAGGUUUGAUGGGACAGAAGUUUGUUCGUAGAUGA